GAGAGAAGCUGCUCUGCUCUGCGAGACCUCACCUCCAGCUGGCCCCAGUGGCUUCUCCUUCUGAUGCUGGAAAGCCUUUGGCUGGGCUUGACAUUCUUUCUACCAGUUCCUGGGUGCCCUAAUGGCUAUCUUGGCCCUGGUGGCAUUGGAGAUUUUGGGAAAUAUCCAAAUUGCACUGGAGGAGCUGCUGGGUACAUUGACCGCUUGCUUCUGGGAGAUGACCACCUGUACCAGCAUCCUUCUUCUACUGUGCUUUAUCACACUAAGGUGGCCUAUGAUCCAGAAGGAAUCCUGGGGACCAUCAACUCCAUUGUGAUGGCCUUUUUAGGAGUUCAGGCAGGAAAAAUACUGUUGUAUUACAAGGAUCAGACCAAAGACAUCCUGAUCAGAUUCACUGCCUGGUGUUGUAUUCUAGGGCUUAUUUCUGUUGCAUUGACCAAAAUUUCUGAAAAUGAAGGCUUUAUUCCAGUAAACAAAAAUCUCUGGUCCAUUUCCUAUGUCACCACGCUGAGCUCCUUUGCCUUCCUCAUCAUGCUGAUCCUGUACCCGGUUGUGGAUGUCAGGGGAUUGUGGACAGGAACCCCAUUCUUCUAUCCAGGAAUGAAUUCUAUUCUGGUGUAUGUCGGCCACGAGGUGUUUCAGAACUACUUUCCCUUUCAGUGGAAGCUGGAGGAUAACCAGUCACACAAAGAACAUCUAACUCAGAACAUAGUCGCCACUGCUCUCUGGGUGCUCAUUGCGUACAUUCUCUAUAAAAAGAAGAUUUUUUUGAAAAUCUGAGAACUCCCACUGAAAUGUGUUGCUGGAGACUCUAGUGGGCCUGGGGGGAGAACUGAAGCAGGCUUUAUUAAAGGGAAUCAUUAAUUAUACAGUCGAUAGGAUGCAUAUUUCCAGAUUACUGGGGACAUGCGGAUAUGCUUGAGCAAGUUUAACCAGGACAUGGCUCAUCAGAAUUCUGCCUGUGUAUUUGUGACUUACAUAUAUGGAAUGUAAUUGUCUAUUUUUCUCCAUCUUCUAUGGAAAUGGAUCUAUUUGGAAUUUCAUUAUAAGGAGAUCUCCUUUAA